AAUUUAUGUUAAUGGCGGAGGGGAAGAAAAGCAGGUUGAAUGGGCCCAUGAUAUGUCCUCUCAAAAGACCCCCAGAUGUGAUUUUAAUCUUUCUUCAACUCUGCAUCAACCCAAAUUCCUAUUUAUUUUUUGGCUGUCAUUUCAUUUAAUUUGCUUCCCAAAAUUCCUCCUCCAUAAUCAUGUUAGGGGACAGACCAGGAGGUUGUGAAGGCUCGUCAUCUCGGUCGGCCACCGUCGAUCAACAACAACAGCUGCAGCCUCCGCCACAGCCCACUCAGGCCAGUGCUGUUCCUUUGAGCCGUUACGAGUCGCAGAAGCGACGAGAUUGGAACACUUUUGGGCAAUAUCUAAAAAACCAAACACCCCCAGUGCCGUUAUCCCACUGUAACUAUAACCAUGUUCUUGAAUUUCUUCGAUACCUGGAUCAGUUUGGAAAAACACGGGUUCACUCACAUGGGUGUGUGUUUUUCGGGCAGCCCGACCCGCCUGCUCCCUGCCCUUGCCCAUUGAAACAGGCUUGGGGUAGCCUGGAUGCCCUGAUCGGCCGACUCCGUGCUGCCUACGAGGAGAGUGGGGGAUCCCCAGAGGUGAACCCUUUUGGAAAUGGAGCCAUUCGGAUGUAUCUACGAGAGGUGAAGGAUUGUCAAGCGAAGGCCAGAGGGAUUCCGUACAAGAAGAAGAAGAAGAAGAAGAGGAAUCAGAUUAUUAAGGGCAACGAUAAUAAUGACACCAACGCUGCUUUGACCCAGAUGGCUUGAUUCUUCCUUCAUCCAUUUCCAUGUAAUUGCAGGAAGUGAAAGGAAGAUGGGUGCGAGGAGGAAGGGAAGAAGUGGAGAAGAAGAAUUGCAAUAUUGGUUGUGAAGAAGAGGGUGAAUUGUGGUUUUGAAUAAUCUUAUCUUAGAUGGCCCUUCUUCUUCAUCAUUCUACAUAUUUUACCAAUCUCAAUGUUAAUGUCAAUGUCACACAAUAUUAUCUUACCCAUCUUCUUUCCAUUAAGGUAAACACAACAAUUUUCUGUUUACUGGCUUUUCAUUUUCAAACUA